CCGCGCGGCCCCGCCCCCGAGUGCCCCGCCCCGAGCGGCUGGGCGUGUGGCUCCCGCGACCCGCGGCCCCGGUGCCCCCGCCGCCGCCAUGUACCCCGCGGGCCCCCCGGCCGGCCCGGUCCCGCGCCGCGGCCGCCAUCCCCUGCCCGGGCCCCCCGCGCCUGCCCCAGCCCCCGUCCCCCCUGCACGGCCGCCGCCCCCCGCGCCCGGGCCGCGGCCCCGCGUGGCCGUGAAGAUGGCCUUCCGCAAGGCCUACUCCAUCAAGGACAAGCUGCAGGCCAUCGAGCGCGUCAAGGGCGGCGAGCGGCAGGCCAGUGUGUGCCGCGACUUCGGCGUGCCCGGCGGGACGCUGCGCGGCUGGCUCAAGGACGAGCCCAAGCUGCGCUGGUUCCUGGAGCAGCUGGGCGGUGAGGUGGGCACUCAGCGCAAGAAGAUGCGGCUGGCCAACGAGGAGGAGAUCGACCGCGCCGUCUACGCCUGGUUCCUGGCGCUGCGCCAGCACGGGGUGCCGCUGUCUGGCCCGCUCAUCCAGGCGCAGGCCGAGGCCUUCGCGCGCCAGAUCUACGGGCCCGAGUGCACCUUCAAAGCCAGCCACGGCUGGUUCUGGCGUUGGCAGAAGCGCCACGGCAUCUCCAGCCAGCGCUUCUACGGCGAGGCCGGGCCCCCAGCCCCGGGCCCCGCGCCCGGCCCGCCCGUCAAGGAGGAGCCCGCGCUGCCCUCCGGCGCCGGCCCCCUGCCCGACCGCGCCCCGGCCCCGCCGCCCCCCGCCGAGGGCGGCUACGGCGACGAGCAGAUCUACAACGCCAACGUCACUGGCCUCUACUGGAAGCUGCUUCCGGAGCAGGCUGCGCCCCCGGGCGCAGGGGACCCCGGGGCGGGGGGUUGUGGCCGGCGCUGGCGGGGCGACCGCGUAACGGUGCUGCUGGCCGCCAACCUGACCGGCAGCCACAAGCUGAAGCCGCUGGUCAUCGGGCGGCUGCCGGACCCGCCCAGCCUGCGCCACCACAACCAGGACAAGUUCCCGGCCUCCUACCGCUACAGCCCCGACGCCUGGCUCAGCCGCCCGCUGCUGCGGGGCUGGUUCUUUGAGGAAUUUGUCCCAGGCGUCAAACGCUAUCUGCGCCGAAGCUGCCUGCAGCAGAAGGCCGUGCUGCUGGUGGCCCACCCGCCCUGCCCAAGCCCAGCUGCCAGUAUGCCCGCCCUGGAGGACAGCGAGGAUGCCCCCGUGCGGUGCAGGCCGGAGCCCCUCGGCCCCCCGGAGGAGCUGCAGACGCCGGAUGGCGCUGUGCGGGUGCUGUUCCUGUCCAAAGGCAGCAGCCGGGCACACAUCCCCGCACCGCUGGAGCAGGGCGUGGUGGCCGCCUUCAAGCAGCUGUACAAGCGCGAGCUGCUGCGGCUGGCUGUGUCCUGCGCCAGCGGCUCCCCGCUGGACUUCAUGCGCAGCUUCAUGCUCAAGGACAUGCUCUACCUGGCCGGCCUCUCCUGGGACCUGGUGCAGGCGGGCAGCAUUGAGCGCUGCUGGCUGCUUGGCCUGCGGGCCGCCUUCGAGCCCCGGCCGGGCGAGGACAAUGCUGGGCAGCCGGCCCAGGCUGAGGAAGCCGCCGAGCACAGCAGGGUGCUCAGCGACCUCACUCACCUGGCAGCUCUGGCCUACAAGUGCCUGGCUCCCGAGGAGGUUGCGGAGUGGCUACACCUGGACGAUGAUGGGGGUCCGCCCGAGGGCUGCAGGGAGGAGGUGGGCCCAGCCCUGCCCCCUGCAGCCCCUCCGGCCCCAGCCAGCCUGCCCUCUGCCAUUGGGGGCGGAGAGGAGGAGGAGGAGGCCACCGAGUAUGGAGGGACCUCAGUGCCGACUGCCGGGGAGGCCGUGCGGGGGCUAGAGACAGCUCUGCGGUGGCUGGAGAGCCAGGACCCCAGAGAGGUGGGGCCACUGAGGCUGGUGCAGUUGCGCUCACUCAUCAGCAUGGCCCGGAGGCUGGGGGGCAUCGGGCAUACCCCAGCAGGCCCCUAUGACGGUGUGUGACCGGGCCAGCCCAGUGACCUUUCUCCUGCUGCACUUGGAGGGAGGGGACACACACAGUCUCCCAUCUCUCCUCCCCUCCCCCUGGGGUGGCCCACCCCAUGGGUACAGGGGGUUCCAGGAAUCCAAAUCCAGCAUGGCUUGGAGGAGCUCUGUUGGUGAGAGGUCGCCCUGCCUCACUGGCACCCUGGGGGCACAGCUGGAAGAGAGGCCCGGCCCAUGCUCCUCUCAGGGCAGGCACAUAUUCGGGGCAUACAAGGCACAGCGCCUGUUCGAACAGGUGGCUGUGUUCCCUCUCUGGCCCCCGUGGGGUCGGGCCUCUGCCCCUGCACCAGUCACAUGCACUGGACCAGGGCCGACACUCCUGUCUGCUACCGAGCCCUGGUGCUAUGUGGCCCUGGAGCCACAGCGCAAUCAUCUCAGUGGCAAAGCACACCACUUGGUUCUAUUUUUUUUAACACAUUAAAUCUGUUUUUAAAGAUACUCUUCAGAGGGGCGGUGAGAACAGGUGCCGGGUGGGCUGGUCUCGGGCUGCCCUGCGGUUUCUCUGGAGGUCAGAGGCCCGAGGUACUGGAGCAUCACUGUGGAGUGGGGAGGGGUGGAGCCCUGUAUUUGGGGCUUCCUUAGGUUCUGGGUGCAGCAGGGAGGUGUAGAGUUCCGUUUCCUAGGAUUUUUAGUUUUCCCUAAGAAAACUGGUCUGAACAGAUCUCUUAUUCCUUGGGAUUGGCAGCUGCCUGGAUUUGGGCCCUGGUGACUUGGCCAGUGGCAGGAGAGUUUCCCCUGCUUCAUCAGCCACAGACCAUUUUGUCCAGUCCCAGGGCCCGGAGCCACCCGACUUACCUGGAAGCAGGCCCUGGCACUGAGCCCUCGGGGCAAUAUGCAGUGCCACCCUCUGUGGGCUCUUCUCCCCGCCCUCAGACUUUUCUGCCUCUCCUGGGACUGCCAAGGAUGUGGCUGACAAGCUGCUCCUGGGAGGCCUAGUUUGAAAGGAGGAAAGGGCCCAAGGGCUUGUCCAACGCUGGUUCUGUUCUGCUCUGGCCAGGUCUAGACCUAGAGUCCUUCUGGUUGGACUGGGCCGGGGAUGCCCAUGCCUUCCCGGGUAGGGUGGGAACUGCCUUUGCAGAGAUGUUGCCCAAGCUGGUGUGAGGGGCAGGGAGCUGGCCUGCUUGCCUCCAGGUGUUGGCCCCUCGUCCCCACCUGCCCCUAGUGUCCUCCUAGCAGAGGGAACCUUGAAAACCCGGAGUUGUGGAGUGCAGGGGUAGGCUGGAGGCCUGCACAGGGAAGGGAAGGGCUGUGCACCAGCUUGGCAGUGGGGCAGCUGGAGGGAGUGUCCCCCAAAAGUGACUUUUAUACAGGUCCAGGAACAAACAGUUCCUUGGAACUGCCCCCAAGUGAAGAAAUAUAUACAUAUAUAUGUAUAUAUCUAUAUCUCAAAAUCUGAGCGCUCAGGGAGGGUGUGGAAAAUGUGGGAAGAAGAAAGACUCCCUGAGCAGAGCUCAGGGCAGCAGCUCCAGGCACACCUGCUGAGCCCAUCAGGCCACCACCACCUGCAGGAAGAGCCUCCGGCCUGAACUGCUGGGGAUGGGCUGCAGAAAGCCUGAGAAAUUUGGGCCAGCACCUUCCCAGGGGCCCAGGCCCCCAAGGCAGGGACACCACCUCUGCUCUGCGAGGCCCGCCUCCAGGGCUCUGAGGAAGAGCUGACUUCAUGGCCGCGGUGCCAGUGAGGGCUGCACAGCCGGGCCUUGUCUGCAGUCUGGGCACCCCUGGCGCUGCCCUUCAGCCCAGCUACUCAUUGCCGCUGCAUCUUUGGUGAGGCUUUCAUCUCCAGCCUUUUUUCCCAUCUCAGCCCUUUUGUUGGCCGGGGUCCCAGGAGCCUGGCGUUGGUGCUGGCGGGCCCGCUCCUCUCAUCAGGGUGGCUGUGGCCUGUCCCCCAGUCCCUGGAUGGUCACUUUCUAUAAGCAAGGCAGCACUAAUUUUUGCUGUAAGAAAAAAGAGGCCGGGCACGGUGGCUCACAUCUGUCAUCCCAGCACUUCGGGAGGCUGAGGCGGGUGGAUCACCUGAGGUCGGGAGUUCGAGACCAGCCUGGCCAACAUGGUGAAAACCCCGUCUCUACUAAAAAUACAAAAAUUAGCUGGGCGUGAUGGCAGGUGCCUGUAACCCCAGCUACUCAGGAGGCUGAGGCAUGAGAAAUGCCCGAAGCCAGAAGGCAGAGAUUGCAGUGAGCUGAGAUCACACCACUGCACUCCAGCCUGCGCGAUAGAGCGAGACUCUGUCUCAAAAAAAAAAAAAAAAAGGCAGGUGCAAGCUGGUGGGGACGUUAGGAGCCUGUCAAGAGUGGGUCUGCCUGCUGGCAUUUACUAGACGGGGAAUACCCCCUAAAGAGGGCCUAAAAAGCAUCUUCUCCCUAGCAUGGGGUGUGCUGGCACACGGUGCUGUGCGACAGAGGCUUGGCCGCUGGGCCCCGCUGUUGAGAAGGCUGCUCUGCUCAUGCUGGCCCUGUGGGCAGUGCCAGCCAUGGAUCCCCUGAGACCCUGGGCUGGAACCUGGGGCCCCGUCCCAGCCCUACCUGCAGCUCACUAACCCUCUCUGGGUUCUGCUCAGUGUCUGAAGUGAUGGAAAAACCCCAGGGUUGGUGGCUGUAGUGGACCCCGGAGGUGGUGGAACCCUUUGGGAGGCUAAGUGUUCUUUCCCAAAGCUGCGCGGGUGCCAUUGCCUGCCAGGCCCUGGCUGUGGUGACAGACGCGGGCCAGGGUGAGGCUGCAUCUGCUUCCUCUAACAGCCAUGGCUGCCUGCAGGGCCUGGCGUCUUGCUCUGGCAGAUUCUGCACAUUCCCUGCAGGCACAGGGGUGGGCAGGGGUGCCUGUGGCCUCUGAGGUGCAGCCAGCUGUCCUCAGCUCAGAUGGCCACCAAGAGGCCCCAGCUCCUGUUCACUGCACUUCCAGUUGGUGACCCCUGUGUCCGCAUCAUUGUCAGAGUUCUUGGGCUUGGGGGGGGCUGGAGAAGGGAAGGUGGUGAGGAGGGAAAGAUGAGUGCAGGUUUUGUUGAAACCACCCGACCCGCGUUUUCAGAGGGAUGAGGCCACUGCCUUGGCCCAGGGACCUGCAGGCUUGGGGGACCCCCUGGAUGUCCAGAGCUGAGGAUGAAACAUCACAGUGUGGUAGGAAAGGAAGGAGAGCACCCCCAGACUGGGGGGUGGUCCUGCAGAGACCCCAACCCCUUAGCCACCUAGUUGAGACACCCAUGGGGAGCAGCCCCAACAGCAUGUCGGAGUCCCUGGGCUUGCGGGGUCUUGCUCUGUUGAGGGCCCUUCCUCUAACUGGCGAGCUUGUUUACAGCUGAGCUUGCCUGGUCAGAUGGGCCCAGUGGCUUUAUCUAAUAAAGGCUGGACAUGUCCACUUCAUGAGCA